AAAGCAUACAAAUGUAAACUGAUCUUAUCCAAUAAAAACUUAAUAAAUCACUAAAACUUCGAAUAAACACCGCCAGCUUUUGUAUCAUAUAAAGAAUAUGGAUUCCUUGGAGCGCCUAUUGCGCGCAGCUCCUCUGCCGCGCACGCUGACAAGCGUGAAUGGUGCUGUCGCUAAGGGUCAACAACGCGCCUUGGUGCACGCCUCUUUGGCAGCAGCCACAGUCGGUCGUAAGGGACGUCAUUUAACUGGCACUUUUUGCCUUACCGGCGACACCAUGGAGGGUAUAAUACAGUGUUUGGUCUUCUUAAAAGCAUUUUCGCUCGUCGGUGGCGAAUUUGAUAUGGAACUAAAUUUUGUGAUACAAGAUGCACAAAACAUUAAACACAUGCUUGAACUGCUGGAUCAUUGCCCGCCAAAUUUACAGGCUGAGAUCUGGAGUGUGUUCAUUGCUAUUCUACGCAAAAGUGUGCGCAAUUUGCAGGCAUGCACGGACGUCGGCCUAAUCGAACACGUAUUGGUGCGACUGCAGCGCUCCGAAACGGUUGUGGCAGAUUUGCUCAUCGAAAUGUUGGGCGUACUGGCCAGUUACAGCAUCACAGUGAAAGAGCUCAAACUACUCUUUGGCACCAUGAAGGCGGUGAACGCCAAAUGGCCCCGCCACUCUGCCAAACUGCUGAAUGUUUUGCGUCAAAUGCCACACCGCAAUGGACCGGAUGUGUUUUUCAGUUUUCCAGGUCGCAAAGGAUCGGCUAUGGUGUUGCCGCCAUUAGCGAAAUGGCCAUACGAAAAUGGCUUUACAUUUACAACGUGGUUUCGUUUGGAUCCUAUUAAUUCGGUGAAUAUCGAGCGCGAGAAGCCCUACCUCUACUGUUUUAAAACAUCGAAAGGCGUCGGCUAUACAGCUCAUUUUGUUGGCAAUUGUCUGGUGCUUACAUCGAUGAAAGUCAAAGGCAAAGGUUUCCAGCAUUGUGUGAAAUAUGAAUUUCAACCGAGAAAGUGGUACAUGAUUGCCAUAGUGUACAUAUAUAAUCGUUGGACGAAAAGCGAAAUAAAGUGCCUCGUUAAUGGACAACUGGCGUCCAGUACCGAAAUGGCGUGGUUCGUUUCAACAAACGACCCAUUCGACAAAUGUUACAUUGGCGCAACGCCCGAACUGGAUGAGGAACGCGUCUUUUGCGGGCAAAUGUCGGCGAUAUACCUAUUCAGCGAAGCGUUGACAACGCAACAGAUAUGCGCGAUGCAUCGUCUGGGGCCGGGCUACAAGUCACAAUUUCGCUUCGACAACGAGUGCUAUUUGAACCUGCCGGACAAUCACAAACGGGUGAGUCAAAACAACAGCAACAGCAACACCUCCACGACGGUGCAGCUGGCCGAACAAGAAGCUCAGGCUAUCGACUGGGCCGAUGAGAAACUCGAUUUGAGUGCGGCUUUUGCGAAAAUACGUGCUGUGCUCUCAGCGCGAAAUGCUUCAGCCAAUGCGGUGCUCAAUGCCUUAGGUGGUGUUGUGGUGGUCGAUCAGACUGCCGGUGGCGCCAUUACGUCGGGCACCUCCAUGACGACACCGUCGGCGCACAUUCUCUAA